AUGUCGUCCCCGAACUUACUUCCAAGGCCCCCGUACGACCCUCAGCUGGUUGCGGCUCUAGGACGAAUCACUCCAUUCCCUAAAUCAAAAGACGGAAUUGCUGAGGGACGACAAUUGCGCGCCACUGCUCUGGCUCCCGCACAAGCAGCUGUACGCAAAGAUGAGGGCCUUUCAGUGGAAGAUCGUACAAUCCCGGGACCAGGCGGUGAAAUUUGCUUGGUCAUCCUACAAUCCAGAAGCCCAAAGACAGCAAGCGGCGAGCGGCCAGGGAUAGUAUUUUUCCAUGGCGGCGGAAUGAUUCUUGGGGACGCUUUUCUCGGAAUUGAACCAUUUGCUCGGAUAGCUAAAGAGCUCGAUGCGAUCGUUGUCAGUGCCGAGUACAGACUCGCGCCGGAGCACCCAGCACCUGCUCCCCAGGAUGACUGCUACGCAACACUGGUCUGGACAAGCGAACAUGUGAAGGAGCUCGGCAUUGAUCCCACGCGCCUCAUGAUCGCAGGCGUUUCCGCCGGCGGCGGGCUCGCGGCUGGCGCGGCUCUGAGGGCACGGGACACUGGUGGUCCGAAGCUCUGCGCCCAGUUGCUAGUGUACCCUAUGCUGGAUGACCGGGACACGGGCGUGUCCAAGAAGCAAUUCAGAGACGACACAGCCUUCGAUGCUACAGAUAACAAGGGCGCUUGGUCUUGCGUCCUAGGCGAUAAGGCCGGCCUGGAGGACGCAGAUGUCAGCCCUUACGUCGCACCGGGGAGGGCAACGGACCUGUCUGGCCUGCCGCCGGCAUACAUCGACGUCGGGACAGCGGAACCGUUCAGGGACGAAAACGUGGCGUAUGCAACAAAGCUAUGGGACAGUGGUGUGCAGGCCGACCUGCAUGUUUGGAGUGGUGGUUUUCAUGGCUUCGACUUGCUGGGUUUGGCUGUUGGUUCCGAGGUUGCCAAGGUUGCGCUUGAGACAAGAUUGGCAUGGGUGAAAAGGGUUUUUGGCAAACGAUAA